AUGACCAAUUUUGGUAUCGCCUCACAAGGUGGAUAUGGUCCAGCUGCAUAUGAUCCCAACAUGGUAUUUGCAUAUGGUGGAAGGCACAUAAGUGGUCGUCGCUCCAGACGUGGUUAUGGAACGAUGAGUGGCGUCCCGAUCCAGAGAUUUUCACGUGGUUUUCUAAGAGGGAGUGGCCAUAAUCGUGGACAUGUAUAUGCAGCUACCAAUCAAGUUCUUGCAGGCGGUGGAAAUAAUAUAGCGGCAUUUGGCAUGCCUGCAACGUAA